GUUCAGUUUCUGAUUUGGAGAAAGGCGGAAGAAAGAAGGGUUAGGGCUUAAUCUGAGCAAACAUGGCUGAGAAUUGCGAAUUGACUGCUGAGAAUUUUGAGAUUAGACUGGAAGGAGAGGAAGCUGAAUUUGACGAGAGGCAGAAAUAUCACUGUUAGAGGUCGUAUUCGUAACAAUUCCAUUGAUCCAGAGUACUUAAGUCUUAUGAUUGGAGAUGUUUGUGUCAAGUUAAGCAAGGUUAAGGAGCAUGAGUUUCGUGCUCUUACAGUUCCACACUUUCCUAGUCGUGUUCCCGUCUUUGUCACACAAAAUGGGAUCACACCCAUUAGUGAAAUCUUUUGUUUUGAGUAUCUCCUAACCGCUGAAGAUGAUACUAGGAUUCUCUAAGAUGAGGUGAUUAAGUUGGAGACCAGACUUGGGCUUCUACUCGGCUUCAAAGGUAUAAGGUUAGCUUUAAGUCGAUCAAGGAUCGAAAAGACACGUCCCGAGAUCUUUUUGAGGACAUGGUUGAAGAAAUGGUUGCAAGAGAGAAGAUCUGAUGGGAAUGAGAGAAACGGUAUUAAUCUCGAUAGAAAGGGUCAAGGAGUGAUUCACAUUUGUUCUAUGUUGGGAUACAGUUGGGCAAUCAUGUUGUACAACCGUUUUGGUUUCUCGCUUGAUUUCAAGGAUUGCACUGGCUGGACAGCGCUUCAUUGGGCAGUAUAUCAUGGAUGGAGAGGCACUGCUUUAGUACUUGCAAAUCAAAGAGCUGAUGUUACCUUGAAGACUGAAAAAGCAACCGGUGAAGUCGCAGCAGGACUCCUGGCCAAAGACAUCGCUAUCAACCUUGAUCAUCAGCUCAUAGCUCGAGAACUUGCCAAUGCUGAAAAAAGAAUUCAUUCCAAAUCUGGGUCAGUGUAAGAGUGGAGCUGCAGUAGGUAUGGGGCAUAUCUGGCCAAGUACGAGCAGUAGCUAAGAAGUUUGGUUAAGAUAUUAUUAGUAUUACAGCUUUGUUUUUCCUUUUCUGUGCGUGUAGUUGAUAUUAGUCCCUUUUCAACUCCUGCUCUGAAAAAUAUCAAUGGCUGGUACAUGACUUAGUGUCAGAAAUACUGUUUUGAUGUCUGAUAGCUUUUGUUGUUUUUUUAGCGGAAAUCCCAUGUAUAUUUUACCGCUUGUACUUACCAACCUUGCCAGUGGAAAUGAGACAUUGCUUGAUGUGGGAUUAGGAGGUUUUGCAUGGUUUACGUUGUAUUUUGCAAAUGACUAACA